UGACAGCCUUAUCAAAGAAGAAAAAAUAUAUUAUUUAACGAUGAAAUAGUGAAAACCUAUUAUACAUAUUUUAAAUGAAGCGGGAAUCGAAAUCGUGUAUUGAACUUGGUUGGUCGGGAGCGCUUACCGCAGUUACGCGUUACCUCCUACGUAGUAUUACAUGAUAUGGUAGUCAGACAGUCCAUGCGAUCACUUGAUUGUGGUUUGUCAUCAGACCACUUUCUGAUAUGAUGAGACAUCCUGUAAAGGCCAAAGGUUAUUUCCCUUCAUUAUUUCUUCCUCUUUAUUUAGAUGAAUAUAUAUAUAUAUAAACACAUAUGUAAAGUGUUUGACUUUCAAUUAAAAUUUCCUUACCAACCCGGUAACAUCUCUUUCUCUCACUAUCGCUAUCUUUAUAACCUAUUAUUCAUUUUAUAUGCACUCACAAACUGAUGUUCAGCUGUUGCACCGGUUUUACUAUAUGCAAGAUUUCUGUGUAUAGAUAUAUACACCAGAUAGAUGUUUUCUGUUAAUGACGGGAACAACUGUAUUCUUUACAUCCAUAAAUUCUGUUGAAGAAUUUUAAUAAAGACAGCAGUGAUCGAGUUUCUAUCCGAAUGAAUUAUUUAUUAUGAUAUUAGGACUUCGAGAGUGAACAUUUAUUCAGAAUUUCUUUUUAAAGUACACACAUUAUGGCACUAUUCACCCUUCGAGUAUUCAACCAGAUAUUAUCAACACGUUCAAAGUUGCUUCUAUGUCGGCCUACAUUGGUGAGUUUCAUAUCUGGCUACAAAGUUGACACAAAUAUAGAAUUUAAGAAAUCAAAAGUUCCUUUAGCAUUCCACACUGCUCAUGGAACCGGGCCUCCUCUUGUGUUAAUGCUUGGCUGGAUGUUUGCUCGCAGUCACCAUCUAACGAAAUACAGCAACAUUUACUGUAGUAAAGGCUAUGAUGUGUUACAAAUCAGUGUAAACCCUCUACAAGUUCUUGUACCUAGUCGAGCACAAAGUUUUGUUGAAAAGAUUUUUGAUCUUUUAGAAAAAGAAGACUGUAUAAAUAAACCUAUUAUUGUGCAUGGAUUCUCAGUGGGUGGUUACAUUUAUGGGGAAAUGCUUGUGAAAAUGGAUAAUGAACCAAAGAAACUUGCAGCCCUCGGUAAACGUAUUGUUGGUCAGGUUUUUGAUAGUCCAGUAGAUAAAGAUCGAGUGGCAUAUGGUAUGUCGGUAAAUAUUGGAAAAAAUUAUUUUUCUCAGAGACUAAUCUUCCAUCUAUUAAACCAAUACUUGAAAAUCUUCAAAAAAUCUGUGACUGACCAUUUUUCUAAAGCCAACCAUGCUUUCAUACGAAAUGCACGAAGGAUUCCUACUCUGUUAUUAUAUUCAUAUAAAGAUUCUAUUGCAAACCCUGAAGUGAUUGAGAGUACUAUAUCUUUGUGGGAAAAUGAUGGAAUUCCUGUCCUUUACAAGUCUUGGAAUGAUACCAAACAUGUUAGCCACUUGCAGAAAUAUCCUGAAGAAUAUAUUGAGAUUUUAUUAACUUUCUUGGACCGUUUGCCUCUAAUCUGUGAUUCAAAUGACAAUUGUAAAACUGAUGAAGCAGAUGAUAUACCAGCUCGUUCGUCCACUUCAUUACCUUGAUAUUGUUCUCCUUAGAAUAUUCAACAACUACAAGAUAUUCUUUACAAAAUAUCACUUAUUUACAAAGUACUUUAUUCUGUUGAUAUGACAUUGAUUUUACAAAGUAAUUAGUACUACAGAUAUAUCAGUCUUUACAAAAUACUUAUUUUACACUUUUUUUUUCAACUGAUAUCACAUAGUACUUUACAAAGUAUGUUUGUUCUUCAGAUGUAUUAUUAUCUCUAUGAAAUAUCCAUUUGACAGCUAUUUCACUUAUCUACUGCAAACAGUUUCUAAAUCAUGGCCCAAUUAGUAUUAUUAUAUUAAUAAUAUUCCUUUUGAAACACAAAGAUAUCAAUUGGACAUCAAAUGGCAAUGGAUGGCAGAAACGUAGAAUGAUAGAUUAAAUGCCUUAUAAUAUUUAGUUACAUCUCUUUACAUUCUGAGUUCAAAUCUUGCCAAGUUGAACUUUUAUUUUUCCUCCUUAAGAUAAGUACCACUUACAUACUAAGGCCAAAAUUGAUCAAAUGAAUGAAUACCCUGUCAAAACAUUUCUGGCUUUUGUACUAUUGUUAGAAAUUAAUGUUUUUAUUAUUAUUAUUAUUAUUAUUGUAUUGACAGAAUUUUUGGAGCAUCAAACAUUAUGCAUUGUGGUAUCUAGUCACAGCUCUUUCCAUUCUGAGUUUAAAUUUCGCCAAGGGUGAUUUUAUCUUUUGCCCUUCCUGAUCAACAAAAUAGAGUACCAGUCAAGUACUGGGGUAGAAUUUAUUGGCUAACCCUUUUCCCCAAAAUUUCUGGCCUUGUGCCUAUGUUAGAAACAAUUAUUAUUAUUAUUAUUAUUAUUAUAUGAUUAUUAUUAAUAAUAUUGUUAUAAUCAUUUUUAUUAUUGUUAUUAUAAACAUUUCAGUUUUUAGCAAACACUUGUCACAGUGUUUCCUCCACUUGUGUCCUUAAACCUGGAGUAGUGUGCUAAGCACUGAAGCCCUUAAACUUGAUAAAAAGACCACUGGUGGUGUCCAAAUGUUGGAUGGUUAUGGUCUUCAGCAGUCUCUAAAUAUGAUACAGUGUGUGCUUGAUUCAAGCCCCAAAAAGACUAUUCAUUCUCCUUUUAGCUUCUCAUACAUAGCUAUCAUUGUUUACAUAUAUAUUACUUACUGGCUUGGAAACAUUACUGUCUCACUGUCCUCUACAAACUGUCUAACUAUGCACUACUAUUAUCUCACUGUCUCCUUGUAUAUUACUGCUGCCCUAGUCUUCUUAAACAUUACUGUUUCAGUCCCUGUAUAUAAUAUUACCACACUGUUUCCGCCUGUAUGCACUGUCUCAUUGUCAUCUUAUACACUCUACAGCAUCACUUUUCUUCUAGACAUCACUCUUUUAUAUUUUCCUACAUUAGUGUUUACCUUAAAUGUAUCUGUUACAAUACUCCGGCUAGUUUAUUCAACACAAAAAAGAACUCUGUUUGGGUGUCAACUAUUUUGUUGAAAUUAUUACAGUUUAUCAAAGAGCUCACCGGCACAGUGUCCAAAUUCAAAAGAAAACAUGUUUAUAGAAGAGAGUUGAAAAUAGCUGAAAUAAUAAUCACUUGAGAUAAGACUGUAAUAGUUUUUAAUAUUUCUUGUAUCCUACCUCAUCCUAACCAUUCAGUAAUGAAGUAGGUUAUUGUUGUUUAGACCCUGGUCAGACCUAGGUUCAAAGACGUUCCAGCCAUGACUAUCUCAUUUUUUGGGGUUUUAUUUUUGCAGACUCAUCCUUUCUUUAAAAUGGCAAUAUGUGAUAUAAGAGAUAUUUGGUUGCUGUGACAACCAGACUGAAUGACUGUAAAGGCUCUCCUGUGGUCUGUUUUAUCAGUCAAGGGGAGUUUUGGUAAUCUUGUGUGACAAGGUGCUGAUUGUAGCUGUUAUUAUGAAGGGCUGGCAGAACUGGUAGAGCAAUGAACUUAAAGCAUUGUGCUAUUUAAUGUCCAUUCACACUGUUUUCAAAUAUCCUGCCAGGUUUAACUUUGCCUUUCAUUCUUUGUGAUUAGGAGAACAGGUACUAGUUGAUCUAAUUGACUAUAUUCUGCUUUCAACUAUGUGGCCUGGUGCCUAAAUUAGGAAAAAAAAUAUUUGUGCAAUACCAUUUCAAUCAAACUGAUUAGUAGCAGUAAUAGCAGUUAGUAGCACCAGUAGGGCUUGAAAUCAUAACCGUGUGUUCUCUACUUCAGCAUAAAUAGAUAGGACUGUUUUGAAUUAGAACCCAGUCAUAGAUUCUAUUAGAAUGGCUUAUUUUCAUGCUGUAUGUUUUGAUCACCUGAUGGAAACAUUAAGGACAAAUGCUGCACCAGAUUCCAGACUUUCAAGAUAAAGUUUACAUCAAUGCA